CCGGCGCGGUGGUUUUUUUGGUCGGAAGCCUUUAAGCUUCCGACGUUUUGAUGCUUGAGCCGUUGGGGGAUCCCCGGCCGCUCAAGCAUGCUGGAGCCGGCCUGUGCUCCAUCCUCCGAUGACCCUUCGGGGUCUGUCGGUUUAUGGGUCCCUUUCCGAUCCGGCGGCUUUCUUUCUCCUCUGGCGGAUCUGAGGCGGCGGGCGCGAGGGCUUCCAGAUCUGACGCCCACCGCGGCUCUCCUGCUGGUUCGAGGGUCUUCCGCCGCCAGAUCGGGUGACCGCACGGCAUCCUGGAGCCUGGUGCUAUUUCUUCAAGGGUAGAUUGAAGGGUGUCCCAUAUGGAUCGGUCGACCGAAGGCCGUGGUAUUUCCGGGGCGUUCGAGGUUGUUCGAGUGCUGAGUGCACCCCCUUCAGGCCUCUGGAUAUGGGUCUACUCUGUUCUUUUGUUCCAGUUGUUUUUACUAUUUGUUAUCUUUGUAGAUGCCGUAUGGCGGUCUUUGUAAUGAAUCCAUUCCAUUAUC